CAGACUGAACAACAGCAACAGAAUAUCCUAAAACUUUCUACUGCUGUCACUUCGUUCAGUUGAAUUUUAGAUCAUACCAAAUAUUGUCACUGACCAUUAGGCGUUGAAGUGACCCAUACUAUUACCUGUGACAUAUGUUGGUAUUAUCUUUGGAUAUAACCAACUCAACGUACCGGUUAUAUGGUCGGAACCCGAAGGCCGUCAUAGCAAGCUUUAUUGUCGUAUGCUGUGGUGUGCAAGUUGAUAAUUAUGGCAGAAUUACUGUUGGACUCUAAAAUAAGGGUGUGGGUAUUUUUACCCAUAGUUGUUAUAACAUUUUUAGUUGGGGUGGUGAGGCAUUAUGUAUCAAUUUUGCUUUCAUCAAAGAAGAAGGUUGAGUUGCAGCAAGUGCAAGACAGUCAAGUUAUAAUCAGGUCUCGCAGUCUGAGGGAACAUGGGAAUUACAUUCCAAAACAGUCAUUUCUAAUGAGACGCCACUUUUUCAACAGUGAAGAAUCAGGUUAUUUUAAAACCCAAAAGCGUGUAGCUGUUAAUCAGAAUCCAAUGACAGACCCAAGUAUGAUGACAGAUAUGUUGAAAGGCAAUGUGACCAAUGUUCUGCCCACGAUUGUCAUUGGAGGUUGGAUCAACUGGAUGUUUUCUGGGUUUGUUACAACAAAAGUUCCUUUCCCAUUGACACUGAGGUUCAAGCCAAUGUUGCAGAGAGGAAUUGAACUUCUUUCACUCGAUGCUGCUUGGGUGUCGUCCGCAUCUUGGUAUUUUCUGAAUGUGUUUGGUUUGCGCAGUAUUUAUACCCUUGUUCUUGGUGAAAACAAUGCUGCCGAUCAAGCCCGACACCUUCAAGACCAGAUGUCUGGUGCGGCAAUGGCAAUGCCUCCUGACCCAAAAGCUGCUUUCAAAGCAGAGUGGGAAGCUCUUGAAAUAUGUGAACACCAUUGGGCUCUUGCGAACAUAGAAAAUGAGAUUUUGGGUUUAGCAGGACCUUUUGCUGACAGCAUGUAUCACCAGAAUAAAGUUGAAUGAUGAUAUCUCUAA